CGAUCCUGUGUAUCGAUCCGUGAUCCGUGAAAAGCUUUCUUUCGCCCAGAAAGCUAUGAACAUGAAGAUGAUCAACUUCUCACUCAGUCAUAUGGAAUACUCUCUAUCGAAUUUUUGAAUUUCGAAAAUGUUUUGAGCAUGAUUUCAAACGUUUCUGGUCCAAUCCCUACCCACGAGGUCUACUUCGAUGCGCCAAUCCUUCACGAACAACAAAAGCUUCUGAAUCCCUUCGAGCACCUUGGCAUCCUUCAGUGGGAAUCAAACACGUCUUCUGUACAUUCUAAUCGACCAGUUACAGCCUCGGCAGAGAAGCUGACGCCACAGGUGGCGCAGAUUCACAAAAGCUGCUCUGGCCUUCCCCAUCCGGAUGGAAAUAUCAUCUUUCGCGAGACCAUCGGGACUGAUACAGCUGCCCAGAAGAAUAUCGAGAACCCUCCAGCUAAGACUGGGUUGGGUGACCAGAGCACGUUGAACGAUGAUCAAUCCACAGAGUGUAGCAUGGAUCCGCAUUCUUCAGGUUUUCAACCCAAUGUUGGGUCUCCAGAAGUUCGUGUAUCCAGGAGACAAGACUCCCGUCCACCUCUUCAGUGUCGUGCGACACAGUGUUCCAUACAAGAGAGAGCCAGAACGGUUUCGCAGGGCGUUCAAGUGAAUGCAGUUGAAUCCCCCCGGCAGGGUAGUUCUGUGCCGCCCAAAGGUCGACAAGCACAGCCUAAACGACCUACUUCAGUUCAAAGUAGUCGGAUUAGGGCUGCCUCAGCCGGUCCAGCGAAGCGCGAUUUUUUACGUGCCCACGAAAAAACAACCCCUGGCAAGUGUACCUUGGAAGAACUUGGCAACAUUCCACUCAACAAACCCGUCUGGACUCCAAGGCCAGAACGCCUGAGUGUACCUGCUGCAUCGUCGGCUAAAACGGUUCAGCUGAUUCGACGCAACAUCAACUAUGUCAGGGCGAAUGCUCAUCUGAUUGGGAUUUCUUCCAGAAAUAGUAGUAGUCGUGGAUCCAAUGUGGCCGGUAGUGAACCAACUUCGCACCUCAAUUCCCCAAAACGAAGCCAAGUCGCUCACGUUAGAGAGCCACAUAUGUGGCCGGAACGCCAACUGCCUGUCGGUGGGCUGCCAGCCUAUCUUAUCAGGGAAAGACAUCAGGCAGCAGCCGCCGCUGCACAAGAAGCUGCCAGUCGUCCUGAUCCCGACCAGCCGCCAGGUCACGUGCGCAUGCCGGAUGCAGAUAGAGUGAACACACUUGAACUUUUACGGAAAGCACACGCGGAAUUAACUGAGGAGUGGUUCAAGUUGCCUGUGCGGAUGGACACUAUGCGAAUUCGCGUUCGACGAUCUGAACUGGAACAACGCCUCAUUGAGUUGGAACAGGCUAUUAGCAUUUUCGAAAAACCCAAAGUUUUUAUCAAACCAGAAUAACGAUUGUGCAACUGCCAUCCAGGCAACAACAUCUAAACGCCGAGAGAUUGGCGAAUCGAAGACUGGGCCAAGAUUUCGAAGUAUCCUGUUUCAAUAAAAAAUGUGUGUUCUGUUCACCUCUACCGAGUGACCUUUCUGUGUUUGGUAUUAAUAGUUUGAAUCCAUACAAUUCGAAUUUUGCGCUUGUUUUCUUUAGGUUUUCCCUUUACCUCUGAGUGUGUAAUAUGAUUUUGCGGUUCGCCUAUCCAUUCUCUUGGAUCUCUUAUCCAUUGUUCGUGUACACCAAGGUACAAAGAAUACCUGGGUCUUCAUAGUGGCACUUCGUAACAGUGUAUUUGUUCGCAUAUCAAAGUAAAUCCGAGGCAAUUUUCGGCCUGUU